AUUUUCUCACACCCUUCUUUAUGUCCAUCAGGAACAGUGGCAACAGCACCUGCUAAAAAGAUACGGAAACACAAUUGUUCUCAUGGAUGCGACUUAUAAAACAACAAAGUAUGAACUGCCUAUGUUUUUUGUAACUGUAAAGACUAAUGUUGGCUAUACACCUGUUGCAGAUUUUGUCAUUCAGUCUGAGACGAGUGACCAUAUUGCAGAAGCACUUAGGGUCAUAGCAAGCUGGAACCCAGAGUGGAGUCCACCAUUCUUUAUGACAGACUAUUCAGAUGCAGAAAUUACGGCUAUUGAGUCUGUUUUUCCGCACUGUAGAGUGUAUUUGUGCGACUUUCAUCGUGAACAGUGUUGGGAACGGUGGAUGAAAGAUAAGAAGCAUGGGCUUUCACUUACCGAUGGAGAAAUUCUGUUGGGAAUGCUCCGAAAAUGUGCUUGGGCAGCACCGGGAUCAAAUGGCCUAUCAUUAGAUCACUACUAUCAGCAGGAAGUUGGCAACCUACAGAGAACAGACGUGUGGAAAAACAAUGGGCAGGUUAGGGACUGGCUAAGUGCUAAGUGGCUACCAAAUUCACAGAGAUGGGCUAGGGCUUUUCGAGAUAACGACUAUCAUGCAGCCAUAAACACAAAUAAUGGAACCGAGGCUCUCAAUAAAGUUUUGAAAUAUAACUAUUUACCGAAACGAAAGAACAUAACUUUAUCAUCUGUGUGUACCACACUUAUCGAGUCUUUCCUACCAGAUGCUCAUCAAAAAUAUGUAUGUUUAAACUACAUGCAGUCAAGCCAGUACAGAUCUUACAAGAGCAGCGUUCCAGAAUAUCUACGUGAUAGACCAAAAACUACUAUCCUCCAUUGCCUAGAAAGGAAGUCCAAAGCACUUAAAUAUGUCACAGAUGACAUUAAAGUGGUCGAUAGCAAACAAGGGAUUUUUACAAUUGAAGGGUCGAAGAACAAGAAACACACCAUAAACUUUGGAAUCGAAAAUGAAGAUGGAAUGCCUUCAUGUACAUGUCCGGACUGGCAACAAUGGCACAUUCCAUGCAAACAUUUCUUUGCUGAGUUUAACUUGCAAAGUGGGUGGGCAUGGUCAAACCUUCAUCCAAAAUAUCUGAACAGUCCAUAUCUCUGUACGGACUCUCACGUACUCCAUGACUACUUUCAUAACACUGCCUCUAAUGAAUCACUCAACACUGAUUCGUUAAAUAGCUCAACUGAUACAGUAGCCCUCAUAUAA